UGCAUAGGCAGCGUGUUAGGUUCUGCUCGUAUUGAAACCAAAUGGCGUUAUAUGUACUCGCAUGCGUCACGAGGGUGUAGCCACACCAGUACAAUACCGGGUAUUCGCGUGUAAGUGCAUCACUGUAAAACCGUCUGUAGUCCUUGCAUAUUCGGAUAUUGCACCAGGUUGAUGGAGAAGAAUGGCCCGCAUCUCAAUGGACUGUCCGAGCUCUUUACCAGGAAUACCCCUCAGUGUGCUGUCAGUGCCCAUGGAAAAUAAGUACAAAUGUCAGCAGUGUCUCCAGGUCCUGAGGAAGCCUGUCCAGGCUCAGUGCGGACACCGCUUCUGUGUACACUGCUUCAAGCAGCUCACCAGUUGUGGCCCAAAGCCAUGUGAAGCCUGCCGACAAGAGGAAAUUUAUGAAGAACCUAUCUCCAUUCUAAAUAGUAACGAGGCAUUCCCAGACAAUGCAGCAGGAAGAGAAAUAGCAAGUCUGCCUGCCAGAUGUUUGAACCAGGGCUGCAAUUGGACUGGAUCUAUAAAGGAGUAUGAGGCUCAGCACGAAGGCCGCUGCGAAUUCGAACGGAUACAGUGCGAAGCCUGCCACAACUUCAUCCUGCAAACGGAGAAGGAAAGACACAAUGAGAGAGAAUGUGAGGCAAGAAGUCUCAACUGCAAAUACUGCAAAACGACGUUCAACUUUAAAGACAUAAAGGCCCAUGAUGAAAUCUGUUUAAAGUUUCCCUUACAAUGCAAGGACUGUGGAAAGAAGAAGAUCCCAAGAGAAAAGUUCAGUGACCAUAUCAAGUCCUGCGCCAAGUCAAAGAGCGCCUGCCCAUUCAUUGAAGUGGGCUGUAAAUCUGUGGUAGAAAAUGGGAAGCUGAGCGAACACGAGCACACGGGCACCAUGGAGCAUCUUCGCCUGCUGCUGUCCAUGGUGCUGUCUUUGAGUCGGACCCGCACGGAGGCCGGCGCUGGUUGCGGGGAGUGGCAGGAGGACUCUGGCGUGGGCCUGUACAGGGCUCCCGAGGAGGACGCCAGGCCCAGAGCUGCAGCAGCGGCAGCAGCAGCAACGUCCUCUCAGUCUGUGGACUUGGAUAAAAAAGUCAACGCUUUAGAAAACAUUGUGUGCGUCCUGAACCGGGAAGUGGAGCGCAGUUUGCUCACCCUGGAGGCCUUCUCGCAUCAGCACCGUUUAGACCAAGAAAAGAUCGACAACCUGUCCAACAAAGUGCGUCAGCUGGAGAGGACGCUGACCAUGAGAGACCUGCAGCUGUCUGAGACGGAACAGCUGGUGCGGGAGCUCCAGUUCUGCACCUACGACGGGAUAUUUGUCUGGAAAAUCUCCGACUUCUCCCGACGCAGACAGGACGCCGUGGCCGGUCGAGCACCUGCAAUGUUCUCACCAGCAUUUUAUUCCAGCAAAUACGGAUAUAAAAUGUGCCUGAGACUGUAUCUGAACGGCGACGGGACGGGCCGAGGAACCCACCUCUCGCUCUUCUUCGUCGUCAUGAGGGGGAAGUGCGAUGCUCUGCUCAAAUGGCCGUUCAGUCAGAAGGUGACUCUGAUGCUCCUGGAUCAGAACAACAGGGAGCACAUCAUCGACGCUUUCCGCCCCGACGUCACCUCCACCUCCUUCCAGCGGCCGAUCAGCGAGAUGAACAUCGCCAGCGGAUGUCCGCUCUUCUGUCCACUGGCCAAACUGGCCGGCAAGAGCCCUUAUCUGAGAGAUGAUACCAUUUUCAUUAAAGCCAUUGUAGACCUUACAGGCUUGUAGGGUGUACUGUGGAAGUACACACACAAUGCUGAAUAUAUGAAUGAUCUAUAUAAUUUUAUCUAUAAAUAUAUAUAGUAAACAAAUAAUGCAUACCGUCACAUAUGUGACUAUAAUAUUAGAUAGUGAUAAUUGUGGCGGUGGAUUUGUAAUGGUUAUAAGUGCCAUCCUCAUCAAUGUAGAUGUGUAGAGUGAACAAACAGGCCAGAAGUUACUUUAAUGGCCGUGUUGACUAGUUAAACUGCAUCUUUGAACUAACUUAUAUUUAUUAUAUAAAUACAUAUGCGUCAUAGUUAUACCGUAUUAAUAAUAAUAAUAAUAAUCAGCAUUAUAAUACGCAUUUACACAUCUUUAACAUGCAUCACACCAGAUCAAUUAUCUUAUCUUCUUAACAAACAGUCGCAUAUAUUAAUGAAUUAUUAUCAAGGAUCUAUAAAUCUGUUAGUUAGUUAACUUUGAAACAAUCCAUAUUUUCAUGUAAUCAUAAAAAAAAAUACUUAGUGUCAUCUUUUUAUUGUAUAAUCUUUUGAGAUAUAUCAACAUAUAUCAUCAUUAAUGUUAUGUAAUCUCAUUUAAUGUCAGUGUGUCUUCUAUACUUCUAGAUUUGAACCGAUGUCCAUUCUUUAUAGCUUUUAACAUCAAUAAAUUAUGAACUAUGUUGCUGUUUCUGCAGCCCAUACAUUA